CCCAACCCCCCAACCAACAUCCCUCUCUGUCUCUGUCUCUCUCUCUUCUCCCUUCUCCCUUCUCCCUUUGACCUUCAUAUUUCUUAUUUCAAUGGCACUUCUGACCAAAUUAUCAAAAGCAUCUGCUGCGGGCUCUCUUUCCAGACACUCCUCUCUGUUAUUCCUCUUACGUUCCAUGAGCAAUGUCCCGGAAAACACCGUAUACGGAGGACCAAAGCCCCAGAACCCAGACCAAAGAGUAACCCUAACCCAUUUGCGCCAGAAGUACCGGAAGGGUGAGCCCAUAACAAUGGUUACUGCCUACGAUUAUCCGUCGGCGGUUCAUAUCGACACCGCCGGCAUCGAUAUAUGUCUCGUCGGUGACUCUGCCUCUAUGGUGGUUCACGGCCACGAUACCACUCUUCCGAUUACGCUCGAUGAGAUGUUGGUGCAUUGUCGUUCGGUGGCGCGUGGGUCGAAACGGCCGUUGCUCGUCGGGGACCUUCCUUUUGGUACCUAUGAGUCCAGCAGGAAUCAGGCAGUAGAUACAGCAGUCAGGGUGCUGAAGGAAGGAGGAAUGGAUGCAAUCAAAUUAGAAGGUGGGGCGCCAUCAAGAAUUACAGCUGCAAAAGCCAUUGUCGAAGCUGGAAUUGCAGUUAUGGGGCAUGUGGGGCUUACCCCUCAGGCCAUUAGUGUUCUGGGAGGGUUUAGGCCUCAAGGGAAGAACGUUGCUAGUGCUGUCAUGGUUGUGGAGACUGCCUUGGCUUUGCAACAAGCUGGGUGUUUUUCUGUUGUUCUGGAAUGUGUGCCUGCUCCUGUGGCUGCUGCGACUACAUCUGCUCUUCAGAUACCCACUAUUGGAAUUGGUGCUGGGCCUUUUUGCAGUGGGCAGGUGCUAGUUUACCAUGAUCUACUUGGAAUGCUACAACACCCGCAUCAUGCCAAGGUUACCCCAAAGUUCUGUAAACAGUAUGGGCAGGUUGGAGAUAUUAUCAACAAAGCUCUUUCGGAGUACAAGGAGGAAGUGACUAAUGGAUCUUUCCCCGGCCCUGCCCACAGCCCAUAUAAGAUCAAUGCUGCCGAUGUUAAUGGUUUUUUAAAUGGACUGCAGAAGCUAGGAUUGGAGAAGGCAGCCUCUGCAGCUGCUACAGCAGUUGAGAAGAUUGAGACCACUGAAUCACCUGAUGGUGGUAGCCCAAGAAGUGGCUAAAUUUGGGCUAGAACUACCAAAUUGACCUUGCACCCUGUAUCAAACUUUUCCACUUGGUUUGGCCCUUCCCUUAUUGAUUUUCUUAACCAUGAAAAAAUUCCCAUAAUGGCUUUGCAAUGCUAGUUUUGGGAAGUAGCUGAGCUAACAUGUUAAAAGGUCUUCUCUUACUUUUUGCAAGCAGUAUACAUCAGAGGUUUUGAAGUUUGGGUGUCUCUGAAGUAGUUUUAAAGUUGAAAAACUAUCAUUGCAAAACCGGCGUUCUGUGUUUUUCAAUUCCUAAUUUUAGAGUUUCAUUCUAAUAAGGCCAUUGACCC